AUCAUAUCUACCUUACUUCCUCUUGUUUGGUUAAGAGGAAACAAAAAAAGAUGCCAAACCCUUAUAUCAAUGCCGCAAUUCGUUCAUCAAGAGAUCACGAAGUGUAUUUCUUCAUGAAGAACAAGUAUCUGCGGUUGCAUUACGCUCCCGGAACAUAUAAUGACAAGAUUUUGACUAAUCUGCGUCCGGUUAGUAGUACUUUUCCAGCACUGGCAUCAAAGUCAUUUGAUGUAAUAGACUGUGCCUUUGACACCGAAGCGAGUGAAGCAUAUGUGUUCUCCGGCAACCGCUGUGCCUACAUAGACUAUGCUCCUGGUUCAGCACAGGACAAGAUACUCGCAGGUCCUACCACAAUUGCUGAAAUGUUUCCUGCCCUAAAAAACUAUGUGUUUGCGGAUGGCAUAGACGCUGCAUUUAGGUCAACCCAAGGAAAAGAAGUUUACUUAUUCAAGGGAAACCUGUAUUGUCGCAUAGCCUAUGAUACCAAGAAGAUUAUUGGCAGAAUUUACGACAUCGGUGAUGGGUUUACUGUUCUGAAAGGUACGAUCUUUGAAAGUGGAAUCGAUGCGUGUUUUGCUACUCAUAAGGAUUCUCAAGCUUAUCUUUUCAAAGGAGACAAGUAUGUGCGCAUCAAGUUCACCCCAGGUUCAUCUAAUGACACUCUUCUCGGUGAUAUCAGGCCUAUUCUUGAUGGUUGGCCCGUUCUCAGAGGCAUUUUGCCUGUCGACUAAUCACGCUCUCUUCAUCAACCACCUCAACUCAACCUUAGCAUUGGAAACCAUGUUUCCUUUCCUAACGUAACAAGUCUUCAUGUUUUUGUCUUUUCCUUUUCUUUUCUUUUCUGUUGUAUCUGAUGAUGUUUUCUUUUUCCUGUCUUUUGUGCACUUAAUUAUAAAUAAAACUGGGUGGUUUUG